AUGGCGAGGAGUCAGUUGGGAAAUUUCAGGGAUUCUCAGGGAAAAGCCAUGAAUGAAAAGACUGAAGGAAACUUUGAGAAUAGAGAUGGACCAGAGAAGCAGGAAGGAAACUGUGGAGUGAAGAGGAUGGUGAAGCCCAUUCCUUACCAAGAAGCGGGCUUCCAUGAAAUCCCAGACCAUAGCCAUAACCAAUGGACUCCCUCCGAAGUGAACUUAUUCAUCUGCUCCAAGACUGGAAUGACGUUCUCCAAUUGGAGAAAGGGUAAUGUAUGUUUUCCAAAGCACAGUAUAAUGAACGCAUGGAAAUGCAGUUAUUGCGGAAAGUAUUUCAGAUACAGACCACAGUUGCUUCUACACCAAAAAAUACACACAGCACAGAAGCAUUUUGAAGGCACAGAAGGACGGAAGAAAUUCACUAUUAUUUCCAGUCUUCAAAAGCACCGAAGGACCCACACAGGGGAGAAACCUUUUGAAUGCUCAGAGUGUGGAAAGAGAUUUAGUCAGAGUGGCCAUCUUCAACGACAUCAAAGAGUCCACACAGGGGAGAAACCGUAUGAAUGCUCAGAGUGCGGAAAGCGAUUCAGUCAGAGUGGCAGUCUUCAACAGCAUCAAAGAACCCAUACAGGGGAGAAACCAUUUGAAUGCGCAGAGUGUGGAAAAAGAUUCAGUGUCAGUUCCAGUCUUCGAAAGCACCAAACAACCCACACAGGGGAGAAGCCUUUUGAAUGUUCAAUCUGUGGACAGAGAUUCAGUCGUAGUGCCCAUCUUAAAAAGCAUCAAAGAAUUCACACAGGGGAGAAGCCUUUUGAAUGUUCAGAGUGCGGAAAGAGAUUCAGUCAUGGUGCCAAUCUUCGGUAUCAUCAAAAAACCCACACAGGGGAGAAACCUUUUGAAUGUUCAGAGUGUGGAAAGAGAUUCAGUCGGAGCAGCAAUCUUCAACAGCAUCAAAGAACCCACACAGAGGAGAAACCAUUUGAAUGCUCAGAUUGUGGAAAAAGAUUCCGUGACAGUUGCAGUCUUCUAAAGCACCAAACAACCCACACAGGGGAGAAGCCUUUUGAAUGUUUAAAGUGUGGACAGAAAUUCAGUCAGAGUGGUCGUCUUCAAGAGCAUCAGAGAACCCACACAGGGGAGAAGCCUUUUGAAUGCUCAGAAUGUGGAGAGAGAUUCAGUCGUAGUGCCAGUCUUCAGUAUCAUCAAAAAACCCACACAGGGGAGAAACCUUUUGAAUGUUCAGAGUGCGGACAGAGAUUCAGUCGGAAUAGCAAUCUUCAACAGCAUCAAAGAACCCACACAGGGGAGAAACCUUUUGAAUGUUUAGAGUGUGGAAAGAGAUUUGGUCGGAAUGCCCAUCUUCAAGAACAUCAGAGAACCCACACUGGGGAGAAACCUUUUGGAUGUUCAGAGUGUGGAAAGACAUUUGGUAAGAGUGCCCAUCUUCAGGACCAUCGAAGAACCCACACAGGGGAGAAACCUUUUGAAUGCACAGUGUGUGGAAAGAGAUUCAGUUGGAGUGGUUAUCUUCGGAAGCACCAGAGAAUCCACACGGGAGAGAAACCA